AUGCUCCGCGUCGUCGACGAGGACGACGCCCUCUGGAAGACGCUCGACGAGCUGCCCGUCGUGUCGAACCCGCUGCUCGCCGCCGUCGCGCCGGAGGAGGCGAUCGCGCGCGACGACGACGUGCUGACGCGGCGGAAGAUCCGCGCGACGGCGCUGCCGCUCUUCGUCGUCUGGCUCGCCGCGCCGACGCUGAGCCUCAUCGACACGGCCGUCGUGGGCCGGUUCUCCACGGGCGCCCUCGACGUCGCCGCGCUCGCGCCGGCCGUGUCGUUCGCCGAUUCCUUGUCGUACCUCAUGUCGUUCCUGGCCAUCGUCACGACGAACAAGGUCGCCAAGGCCAACGCGGCGAACGACCUGUGGUCGAGCCGCGCGGCGAAGCGCGACGGCGUCGCCGCGUCCCUGGGCGUGGGGUGCCUGCUGGCCCUGGCGGUCCACGUCGGCAUGGGCCACGCGAUCCUCGCGAACGUCUACGUGUCGAGCUCCACGCGGGCCGUGCUCCCGCUGGCGACGACCUACGUGCUUUUGCGCAACGUGGCUCUCCCCUUCCAGCUCGCCUGGCAGACGGUGCAGGCCGCGGCCGUCGCGCGCGGCGACUGCAAGACGCCGCUCAAAGCGACGUUCGUCGCCGCGGUCGUCAACGUCGUCUUCGACGUGAUUCUCGUCGCCGGAUUGGGCAUGGGCGUCGCCGGGGCGGCGCUGGCGACGGCCCUGGCCACGGUCGCGGGCUGCGUGGCCCAGGUGACGGCCAUGCGGCGGCUCGAGCGCGACGAGAUGAUCCUCGAGGCGGCGCGCUGCCGCCCGGACUCCGUGCCCUUCUUCCUCACCUUCGCGGCGAAGACCGUCGUCGGCGUCGUGCUCACGGCCGCGGCCGCGGGCGCGGACAUCGCGGCGCUGGCCGCGCACCAGGUCGUCAUCAGCCUCUUCUUCCUGCUCUGCCCCUUCGCCGACGCGCUGUCGAGCGCGGCCCAGUCCCUGGCGCCGCGGGCCCUGAGCCGCGCGCGCCAGAAGCCGAAGCAGGUGUUGCGGACCGUGCUCCUCGAGGGCGCGAUGUGCGCCGCGGCCGCGGGCCUCUUCGCGGCCGCGCUCGCCGUCUUCGCCGCGGGCGUCUUCACGGCGGACCCGACCGUGCUGCGGGGCUGCGCCAUGCUGGCGCCGGCGCUGGGGCUGUCGCUCGCGGCCUACAUCUUCAACACGAUCUUCGAGGGCACGCUGUUCGCGUUCGGCCACGCGCGGCCCAUCGGGCUGACGAUGCCCUUCAACGCGGGCGCCGUGGCCUUUAUCUUCCUCAACAUCAUCCGCUCGGGCCCGAACCCGCUGCUCACCGCCUGGCUGGGCUUCGUCGCGUACCAGCUGGUCCGGAUACCGCAGCUCGCGAUCAUCGCGCGGCGCCCCAUGGCGUUCGCGGACGGCGCGCCGACGAACUGA